AUGGGUUCCGUGAAAGCUAGUACCGGGAAUGAGACGGAGAUUGGUCAAACCCCACCAUUAGUAAAAUCACUCCAAGACUUAAUCAUAGUUGAGUCGUGGAGCGAUGGAAAGCUGAAAUCCACUACCUUCUACUAUGUUACGGAAGAUGAGGAGGUUUUCUUCGGUCACGCCACAAAGAACAAGCGCGAAAUGGCCAUCGCAGAAUUCAAUUCAUCUCUGCAACGCGUGCAGGAUCAAGACAUCUAUCCAAAGAUACCCACCGAUAUCCACUUAACACUUGCACCAGAAGGGCUGGACGCUUCUUUGGUUCACGUAAAAAGACCAGGCCUACAGUGGUACGACGAUAUGACCGGCACAAACUAUCUCCCCAAAGCCGUUCUUGAUGAGACAAUCGUCAUGGAGCAGAUCUCAAAAUCGCCUCACCAAAACAUAAUUCGAUAUCAUGGCUGCCAUGUGAGACGCGGUUACAUCACGUCGAUUGCUCUCGAGCGGCUUGAGCAAAACCUGACCGAGUACGCCUCGACGUCAGAUUUCCAACAGCUCGAUAAAAUCAAGUUUUUCGAAUCUCUCAAGUCGGCGGUGGAACACCUACACACCUUGGGGCUAGCUCAUAACGACAUCAAUCCUGAUAAUAUUAUGGUGAGGAACGGAUCACCGGUGCUGAUUGACUUUGACUCAUGCCAGCCGUUCGGCAAACGCUUGCAGUCUUUGGGCACGGAGGGUUGGUAUGAAAAGGUGUUUUAUACUUCCGAGAAGGAACAUGACAUAUAUUCUCUCGGCAAAUUACAAGAGUGGCUUCAAGCUGCCAAGUAA